UUCACCCAGUCAAAUAUCAUACUCGAGUAGAGCCAUAAGCAACAAGGAAAACAUCUCGGACAAAUUUAUGGCUGCUUCACAUCACCUCCUUAUCUCGGUGUCUUUUAGGAGUACCUCUGGAGACUACAAGAUUUGUGUGUCAUUUGCAGGUGGCUUUGUGCUCUGCGGAACAGCAAGAGGGAAACCGGAAAAGCGAGAAAAGGGAGAAGGAAACCAUCUCAGAGAGAAAAGCCGAUGCCUUAUUAGGUAACCUUUGAUCAGCUCGCCGCUGCCGGUGCCGGAUUCCUUGCGUACUAAUUCCUUUCCUUGUUGUUCACAAAAGGGAUUGCUAUGGGAGGACAGCAAGCAUAUACAUGCCUUUCUUCACCCCAGAAAAACAGAAUGCGUGUGCCCUGAGAUGCCUUGGCUCCUCUGUCCGCGACCAUUGCUAGUUUGUUUGCACCAACAUAGGUUCGCCAGGGCAAAGUAUCAGCUCACUGAUGCCAAUACCAUGUAUGUAAUGGAUGACCCCAUUCAUAGUUUUUUGCUUGCAACGGCCUGCAUCACCGGGUCUAUAUAUAUAUAUAUAUCCCCUAUCCUCUACACUCAAACAUCCACAACACCUGCGCCUGCAACCAUCUGGAGCUGGUCUUGUGUUUCACCAAUCUCUGCCUCUCUGCUCUCUCGCUCGCAACUGCAAUCAUCUGGCUGCAGCACCCUUGAGCUCAUCAUGGAGGUUGCCGUAGGUGCGGCACGGUGGGUGGUGGGCAGGGCGCUGGGUCCCGUCGCCGACGGCUUGCUGGAGGCCUGGGCGGCCAGCAAGGAGCUCGGCCCCAACAUUGACGCCCUUAAGAUGGAGCUGCUGUAUGUGCAGGGGAUGCUCAACAAUACCCGCGGACGGGACAUCGACAACCCGGCACUCAAUGUGCUACUGCAGAAGCUGCGGGACCUCGCGUACAAUGCCGAAGACGUGCUGGACGAGCUCGACUACUUCCGCAUCCAGGACCAGCUCGAGGGUACUUACGAGGCUGCCGACGAGCACGCCAAGGGAUGCAUGUGCAACCUCUACCUCAACGCUCAUCACACCGCUAGAGCUGCUGGCAAACUGCUCUGCUUCUGUCAGUGCUCGCGUGCGUCUAGUCGUGCUCAUCCAAGCGAGCCAAUAGAAGAAGAUGAUACAAGACAACAAGUACUCUGCUGCGCUUGGCCAUGUGCCAAGCGGCGGAGUGCACGCGGAAACAUCUCCUCAGCGCCACACAACCACCAGGCCAAUGAAGAGGUCAGCGGAUGCAUGCGUAAGCUUGCCUCCGUUGCUUGCAACAGCAUUCGUCAUGUCGGUAAACUCCUCCAUUGCUCAUCCCUCCCAACCCAUGAUGAUGUUAGUUCUGUCAUGCCAACCAUUUGUGGUGCCUGUAAGCACAAGGUAUCCCAAAAAAAGCAUGUGAAAGAAACUCCAAAACUGGAGUUUGAUAGGGUGGAUCUGUCUAGAAGAAUGAGGCUUAUAGUAGAGCAACUGCAGCCCGUAUGUGCAAAGGUUGCAACCAUUCUUAACCUAGAGUUGUUGGGUUCUAGCCAUACUGCCCCAAGCAUUGCCAACAUUCCUCGCACCACCACCUCUGAUAUUAUAGAGCCAACGUUGUAUGGGAGGGAACCUGCAAAGAAGAGAAUCAUAGAUAGUAUCACUCACGAUAAAUAUAGUGGCAAGGACCUAACUAUCUUGCCAAUUGUUGGUCCGGGUGGCAUAGGGAAGACAACUCUAGUACAACACAUAUAUCACAGCCACGAAGUACAAAAACAUUUUCAGGUCAAAGUCUGGAUAUGCGUGUCUCAGAAUUUCAUUGUUAGUAAGCUGACUGAAGAGAUUGAAAAGGCUCUACCCAGUAUAGAAGAUGAAAAAAAGGGCAGAGCAGAAGAGUUGAUUGAACAAAGAUUAAAGUCUAAAAGGUUUUUGUUUAUAUUAGAUGAUAUUUGGAAGUGUGAAUCUGAGGACUGGAAAAGGCUUUUAGUACCACUCAGAAAAGGACAGACAAAGGGUAACGUAAUUCUAGUUACAACUCGGUUUCCAGCCAUAGCAGAAAUUGUUAAAACAACUAAUAGUUCAAUAAUUCUGGAGGGUUUAGAACACAAAGAGUUUAGGAACUUUUUCCGUGCAUGCAUAUUUGGUGAUGAGAAAUCACAAAACGAUCAUGAUGGGUUACUUAAGAUUGGAGAUAAGAUAGCAGAAAAGCUUAAGGGAUCCCCUCUUGCAGCAAAAACUGUAGGCAGAUUAUUGAGGAACCACCUUGAUGCGCAUCAUUGGACAAGAGUCCUAGAAAGUAGAGAAUGGGAAAUGCAGACUGGUGAGCGUGACAUUAUGCCUGCACUGAAACUUAGCUAUGAUUAUCUGCCUUUCCAUCUGCAGCAAUGUUUUUCUUGUUGUGCUUUGUUUCCUGAAGAUUACAAGUUUGACAGCGAAGAGCUCAUUCAUUUCUGGAUAGGGCUAGACAUUUUACAUCCUGCUGGUGGAAGUAAAACAGUUGAAGAUGUGGGUCUGGAAAGUUUAAGUGAUUUGGUCAACAACGGAUUUUUCAAAAAAGAUGAAACUGAUGGGCAUCCAUAUUAUAUCAUCCAUGACCUGCUGCAUGACUUAGCUUUGAAGGUUGCAUCUCAAGAAUCUCUUACUUUGCAUCACUCUAAUGUGAGAUCAGUAGAAAUUCGGCCAUCUAUCCGUCACUUGUCGAUCAUGAUAGAUGAUCCAGAUGAUAGUAAUGGAAUAACCGGUGAAAACUUUAAGAGCGAAUUGAAAAAACUUAAGACAAAAUUGAAGGUUGAGAACUUGCAAACGCUAUUUAUAUUUGGAGGAGGAGAUCAAAGCUUUGUCAACAUUUUGGGUGAUUUGUUCAUGGAAGCAAAUGCUCUCCGUGUUCUUUGUUUGCCCACAUUAUCAUGUCCCCUGGAAUCCAUGUUGCAUAAUUUUUCAUCACUUCUCCACCUACGAUACCUAAAGCUAGGGACUUCUAUGAGACGGAUGCCUUUACCAACAACCUUGUCUAGAUUUUAUCAUUUGAAGAUUUUGGAUCUACGAAAAUGGGAUGGUUCGUUUCUUUUACCUAGAGACAUGAGUAACCUUGCAAAAUUGUGCCAUUUUCUUGCCCGACAUAAUGAGCUUCAUUCAGGUAUUUAUAAUGUGGGGAAACUAAAACUCUUACAGGAGCUAAAGGCUUUUGCAGUCAAUAAGGAAAUCCAAGGCUUUGAACUAAAUCAACUUGAGCAUUUGAUCGAGCUAAGGAAACUCGGCAUUUAUAACCUUGAGAAUGUAUACACAAAAGAAGAAGCGAUUGAAGCAAAACUAGUACAGAAAGACCACUUGCACAAAUUAGCACUACAUUGGGAUAGUGAGCGACCUAAUACCGAGCCUGGCGUGGAAGUAGUGGUUCUUGAGAGCCUUCAACCACAUAGAAACCUUCAGGAGCUGAGCAUUACAGGACACCGAGGCCCUUCUUGUCCAACAUGGUUGGGUGAUAAGCUUGUCGUUGAGGCUCUGCAAUCCCUCUAUCUUUCUUCUGUUUCUUGGGAUAUUUUUCCUUCAUUUGGGAAGAUGGUGAAUCUUCGUGAACUAGGAUUGUCUAAUAUUUCCACAAUAAAGGAGUUUGGUCCAGAGGAAAGCUUUUGCAAGUUAGUUAAGAAGAUUACACUCGCCGGCUUAGAAAAUUUUGAAAAAUGGGUACCACAGCCCACUCAUUUCUUCCCUCACUUGCAAGUACUGAUUAUCGUAGAUUGCCCUAAACUCUCAGAGUUGCCAUUUUCAAGCCACAUUGUUUACCCACUGAAACAAGACUGGAACAUAGAUUGGUUUCCCAAACUACAAGAGCUCUGGAUAGAACAUUGCCCUGAAGUCUUGCUACUGCCUCCUAUUCCGUGGACUCAUUCUCUAUGCUCUGUCGAGAUAAGUAAUGUGGGAUCAAAAUUACUAGACAAGUUGGUCUACUCAAAAUCAUCUUCUGAAGUAGCAUUGACCAUUAUUGGAAAGGUUGGUCUACAUAACUUAGAUCAGUUGUUGCUAUUCAGUAAAUUAACAGAACUUCAGGCGUUGAUGAUCCAAAAAUGCCCACCUUUGGAGUUGAAGUAUUUUCUAAUGCUAACCUCAUUGAAGAAAUUGUGGGCAUCGUCUUCAAAUCUUGGGGUGGUGCCAUCAGGAGGUCAGAGUGGUGUCGAGUGGCAGCAUCCUGUUGACGAGAUUAAUAUUUGUUUUUCUGAUUCUAGUGGAAGGGAAUUGACACAGUUCCUGUCCCACCUGCCAAAGCUAUCCAAACUGGAAGUAUCUUCUUGUAAAAACAUAACACAGUUGGUUGUGGGGGUGGAUUUGCAGCAACCAACAGUACCAAUAGUAUCAUCGUCAACCUCUUUAGAUGUUAUAACAAUGGAUGAUACACAAGUGAAAGAUGAGCAGCAAGAAAUAGCAGAGGUGGAGGAGGAGGCAAACACGAUGGAUGAUGAUGGGCUGUUGCUCCUCCGUGCACAUCUCUCCAACUCUCUGCAGGCGUUGCACAUCCGCACAGGUGGUGGUGUGGUAGUUCAUUCCCUCGAAGCCCUCCAAGCCCUAACUAGACUUCAGUUAGAAUAUUGCUCUUUUCGCCACCCUUUCCCGUCCUCCCUGCUACAGCUGAAACUUUCGUCCGUGAAGGGCGUGCUGACCCUUUCAAACCUCACCUCUCUAACUCGAUUAGAAAUAUAUGGUUGCGGAGAGGAUUUUAGAUGCGAGGGCCUGUUGCCUCUCCUUACUCGGGGCCAGCUCAGCGAUUUAGACGUUCAAAAAAGCCCCAAUUUCUUUGGUAGGUGGGAGUGGGAUCCCAGUGCCCCAAUUUCGAGGUCCUCCAAACUGCAGAUGCUCAACACAGAUGACAUCCACGGCUUCCUCGGUGCGCCCGCCCUCUGUAGCCUCCUCUCUUCCUCCCUCACCGACUUGUCCUUUAUGGGGGACCAUGAGACGGCGCGCUUCAUAAACGAGCAGGAGGAGGCCUUUCAAUGCCUCACAUCGCUCCAGCGACUCGAGUUUUGGUUUUGUUAUAAGCUGGAACACCUCCCUGCCGCGCUAAACAAGCUGACCAACCUCAAGAGAUUAGUAAUCUUCGGGUGUCUUGCCGUCCGGUCGCUGCCCAAGGACGGCCUCCCGAGUUCACUGCGAGAAUUAGUUGCCCAAGGAGUCAACGAGGAGCUACGAGAGCACUGUAAGCGGUUAAUUGGAACCAUCCCGAAAAUCAUAAUAUAGACCAAUGGGGUGGACACGGUCCGGUCCGGUCCGGUCCCGGUCCGACCCGUCUUUUGGACCGGCCGCCGGCGGACCGGACCGAGCAGGCUGGCUGUCCUCUUUUCAGGGACCGCACCGACGAGGCAAAAGCCCGGGCCAGACCGGCGGACCGGCCAACAACUAGUGCAAAGCCAGGUGGUGACCAUGGCAUCGGCUAGCGGAGACUCUAGGCCGUAAUCAGAAGCAGGGACAGAGGGAAAAGGUGCGGUAAGUCAUGUAGAGUUCGAUAGCGAGGUCCGGGAGGCCGGGGAAGUAGUGACGGAGACGCAAUCGACGACGAACGACGACGGCUGGAGCUGGAGAUGGAGCAUGAUGGCGACU